CAUCCAAUCUAUUGUCGUUUCGUGGGCGUGUCCUGGCGUUUCUGUGUAUCCGCCCACCUCAGGGCCAGAGCAGAGGAUUUGCUAUAAAGCGGCUCAGUGACUGGUUUAAAGUGCAGAGUUGUAAAAAAACCUCCCGCGGGCAGUGAGUGGGGGAAGUCAGAUUGCUUGUCAAGAAACAAACUGUUCCAAACAGGGAAGGAAACACAAAGCAAAAGCAAGAAUAAAAAAGCACUAACUGGAAUAACAACCUUUAUCAGCUCUGCGGAAGUCAAUAAACUACAUCCGGGAUCUGAACCUGUGUCCUGCUCGCUCGUGCGUGCGAGUGAGUGAGAUAGAGAAGACUUCCCUGUGGAACGAGAGAUCUGUUCGCAGCAGCCAGUGUUCCUGCUUUUCACCCCCGAACUGAUCAGUUACUGCCUAGGAGGUUUUUUUUGCAACGCUCUGCUUGAGCAGCUCUCGAAGGCACGCACGCGCACUUGCAACUGUGAAGCAGCUAUGCAGCUUGAAAUCCAAGUAGCCCUCAACUUCAUCAUAUCCUAUCUGUACAACAAGCUCCCUCGUCGUCGGGUGAACAUCUUUGGUGAAGAGCUCGAGCGGCAGUUGAAAAAGAAAUAUGAAGGUCACUGGUACCCUGACAAGCCAUAUAAAGGGUCUGGGUUCAGGUGUAUACAUGUUGGGGAGAAGGUCGAUACGGUAGUGGAGGAAGCAGCCAAAGAGAGCGGGAUUGACAUCGAAGAUGUCCGGAACAACUUGCCUCAGGACCUCAGUGUGUGGAUCGACCCGUUUGAGGUCUCCUACCAGAUCGGGGAGAAAGGACCCAUCAAGGUGCUUUAUGUGGACGAUAAUGGCGAGAAUGGGUCUGAGUUGGACAAAGAGAUCAGGAAUAGUUUUAACCCCGAUGCUCAGGUCUUCAUGCCAAUCAGUGAUCCUGUGGGUGUCUCCUCAGAGUCUAGCUCUCCGUCGCCCCCAUUUGGUCAGUCUGCUUCUGUCAGCCCCUCAUUCAUGCCACGCUCCACCCAACCUUUAACUUUCACCACAGCCACUUUCGCCGCCACCAAGUUUGGCUCCACCAAAAUGAAGAGCAGCAGCCGUGGGGGUGGGAGCAAGGUGGCACGCACAUCUCCCACCAACCUGGGCCUGAAUGUGACCAGCCUACUGAAGCAUAAAGCCAUUUCCAAUUCCAUGCAUUCUCUUUACGGUCUCGGGCUCGGAGGGCAGCCGCAGCCAAAGGCCUCUGCGCUCUCUCCUAAUGCCAAGGAGUUCGUUUUCCCUAACCUCCAGAGCCAGGGCAGCUCCACCGCCAUGUUCGGUAACGAGAAUCCGCUCAGCCUCAGCCCUCUUCAGUACAACAAUGCCUUCGACGUGUUCGCAGCCUACGGGAGCCUCAACGACAAGUCUCUCAUGGAUGGUCUAAACUUCAGCCUAAGCAACAUGCAGUAUUCUAACCAGCAAUUCCAGCCUGUCAUGGCUAACUAAUGAAUCCAGAAUUUAUUUAUGAAUUAUUGUUGGCAAAAGGAAAGAGAUAAAAAAAAAAAAAUGAGGCACACUAACAAAGGACAUAAGAACAACUGCGGAAAUGGAAGCAAAAAAAAAGAGACCCUGUUAGUCACAGAAAAAAAAGCAUGUGCCCAAGGGUGUUGUCUUUCUGAACCCCCUUGAGUUUGUUUCUACUAAAAGCUUGUUGUACGUGUCCAAGCUUGGUUACUUUCACAUCAAUUUAGUUUUCUUCCUAUUUUUGCCAACAAAGCACAACAUUUUUUACUGUUUUAAAAAAGUUCUAAAACUAUUAAAUAAAAAAAAGCUUCAAGUUCUGGCCUCAUACAGUAUUUUCAAGUUGGCUUUAGACUUGGCUGAUUUUUAAGAAAUUGGCACUAAUGAAUAUAUAUCUGGGGUUACUUGGUCCUUUUUUUCUAAUUGUAUAAUUUAAUUGAGUACAGAGUUUGUAAAGUAUCAUAUAUAUAAAAUUGUUUCUAUGACAUGGUAUUGCAUUUAUAUCUUUUUACUACUCCAGUGAUCUGUGAUGGCUGCAGCAGCUUUGUUAUAUACAUAUUUUUUUUUAUUAUUAAAUUACUGAGAUCCACCUUAAUAAAGAUAAUAAUAAAGAUUGUGUACAGGCUAUAAUUUAGUGUUGGAAAUUCAGUAUAGGAAUAUUUGCUUUUUUUAAAAAAGAAAACAAAAAAAAAAACACAAGAGUUGUAUUUUCUGUUAAGAGUUGAAGAUUUUUGCUAUAUUAAAGACAAUGUAAUCAUAUAUUAAUUUUGUACCUACAUUGUGCAAUACUUGAUAAAAUACGGUAUAACAAAGUAUUUUGAGUCAGUGUCUUACACCUGAAGAGGGACUGAAAUAGUUUAUAUUAAGUUUGUAUUAAAAUGCUUAAAAAUAUAUGCUUGUCUUUAUUUUUUUCAUAUUUGCACCCUGGCCUUUUUCAAUAAAAGCAACUUUAGUCAAAAAAAA